UGCACAAGAGAAAUUAUAGAAUCUGAGUUUUUCAAAGUGUCACACUCCCAUCAUCUAUUACAAUCUCAACUGUCAUAGAACAAUGACAGAUAGAUUGAGUGUAUUUCAUAUGGAUGAAUAAGAUUUAGAAGGAGAAGAAGAAGAGGAGGACGAGCGACGAUGUUGCAAAGAGCAGCGAGCAACGCUUGUUCGUGGUGGUGGGCCAGCCACAUCCGCACCAAGCAAUGCAAAUGGCUCGAGCAGAGUCUGCUGGACAUGGACGAGAAGGUGCACGGCAUGCUAAAGCUGAUCGAGGAGGAGGGAGACUCCUUUGCCAAGCGUGCAGAGAUGUACUACAAGAGGCGUCCGGAGCUGAUCGAGGCCGUGGAGGACUCUUACCGAGCAUUCAAAGCCCUAGCCGACCGCUAUGACAUCCUCUCCAAAGAGCUCCAAAAUGCAAACAACACCAUCGCAACUGUCUUCCCCGAGCAAGUCCAACUCUCCAUGGAUGCUGACGACGAAUGCCCCAUGCCCGCCAACAAACCCGCCCCCACCAAAUCCACCAACGUCCCGAAAGCUCCCAAGGCAUCCAUGGAAAAUCUCAAGGGCUUCAUCAACAAUGCCUCCAAACAGUUCCAGCCCAAGAAGACCUUCUCCAAGACUAGUUCCAAGGCUAAACAACGUCCGAAGUCCACCCCCAAAUCCGGCAUGACUAAAGACGAGGCUAUCCAAGAGAUCGACAGGGUCAACAAGGAGAUCCUCUCCCUCCAGACGAUCAAGGAGUUCUGCAAAAGCUCGUACGAGAACGGCUUAGCCAAAUUCUACGAGAUUGAGAACCAAAUCAUGGAGAUGCAGGAGAAGGUCUCCAAGCUACAGGACGAGUAUGAGGUCGAGGGAGUGAUUGAGGAUGGCGAAGCCCGCACCCUCAUGGCAGAGGCCGCCUUGAAAUCCUGCAAGGAAACGCUCUCCACGCUCCAGGAGAAGCAGGAGAACUCCACCAAGGAGGCGCAGGAUGAGUUCCUCAAGAUCGAUGAAGCACGUGAGCAGCUCGAGUCCCUCAAGCGCGACUGUGGUAUCGAACACCUGGAUGACGAAGAAGAUGGAGACAAAUAUGCAAGAAACAAAGAAAGAGAAGACAUCACAUCCGGCUUCAUACAAGAGCUUAACGACUUGGAGAACUUCACCUCCGACAAAAGUCCUGACCGCAACUCCUCCUCUGUUUCACUCACGGUGACUCAGCUCGCGGAGAAGAUUGAUGUACUGGUGAACAAGGUGAUCAACCUGGAGACCGGGGUGUCCUCCCAGACUGUCCUCAUCAACACCAUGAGAUCAGACUCGGAGGAGCUCCGCGGGCAGAUCACGCAGCUUGAAAUGGACAAGGAGAAGCUCAUGGACAACACGCGCAUCCUUAGCAACAGGAUCAAAGAACUCGAGGAGAGGCUCAGCAGGCUCGAGGAGCUCAACAAAAGCGUUGAAGCUCACAACAACAAGCUCGAGGCCAACUUUGCGCAUUGUCGCUGCAGCCUCGACCAUCUCUCUGAGAAGCUAACCACAGUAAGGCUUGACGAGGAAACUGAUGAAUCCGAUUCUCCAUACAGUAAACCUGACAAGGCGAAGAAGAAGAAGAAGGACAAAAAGGACAAAAAGGAGAAGAAGGAUAAAGAGAAGGAGAAGGAGAAGGAGAAGAAGGUCAAAUCCAAGAAGAAGGAUAAGAAAGACAAGGCGAAGGAAGGAAAAGAGGUUUUGAUAACAGAUGAUGAAAACAUUGUCUUACCAGAGGAGGUCAAGGAGAUAAAUGAGCCUACCAUUACAAGCCCGCGUGAGCAGCAAGAGGCUGACGGUCUGCCAAGUUCACGCGAUAUAAAAGUGGUUGCAGAAGAUAAAAACGACGAGGUUGUUCCAGCCGUUGGCGGGGAAACAGAGGGAAAACAUUUCAAAUCAGUGCGGAGAUCGGUGACAUUUGCAGGCGAGAUACCAACACAUGCUAACGAGGAGGACGCGAAGCCACAUGAAGCAAAAGAGACCGACGUGAGCUGGCAGCAGAUGUUGCUGAACGGAGCCGAGGAUCAAGACAAGAUUUUGUUGAGAGAAUACACAACAAUCCUCAAGAACUACAAGGAUGUCAAGAGGAAGCUUAGCGACACGGAGACGAAGGACAGAGACAUCCAAUUCGACAUCACAAUGCAGAUGAGGGAGCUAAAGCAAGCUAUCAUGAAGAGGGAUCAAGAGAUUCAGCAUCUCAAGCAGGAGUUAACCCUUCUACAAGGAAACAAGGAUGGUAGUAAUAAAGAAGUGGAGACUCAGCCCCCUUCGUCUAAUUCAGCAGACCAGAGUGAGUCUGAAAGCAAACCGGAAUCAGAAACCGAAGAAUUAGAGAAAGAAGAAGACAUCAAGCUGAUCUUCAACGUCAAGUCCCACGGAGUUUCAGCCGUGGAGGAGGGGCUGCGGAUGGAGAUAGACGCGAUACUAGACGAGAACCUAGAUUUCUGGUUGAGAUUCAGCACCGCGUUCCACCAGGUCCAGAAGUUCAAGAGCGAGGCUCAGGACUUGCUAGAAGAGAUAGCGAAGCUAAGAGACAAGAAGAAAAAAGAAGGAUGCCUGACCCCGCAGCUAAAAUCAGAGGUCCGACCAAUAUACAAGCACUUGAGAGAAAUCCAGACUGAGCUGACUAUGUGGCUGGAGAAGCGCGUCUGCCUCAAAGACGAGCUCAAGCGCAGGUUCACUUCACUAUGCGGCUUACAGGAGGAGAUCACCACGGCGCUCAAGGAAGGGGUCGAGGAGGACGAGAUUAGGUUCAGCAGCCAUCAAGCUGCAAAGCUGCAAGGUGAGAUCCUGAGCAUGAAACAAGAAAACAAUAAGGUGAGGGAAGAGCUGCAGACGUGUGUCGAUCAUGUCAGCGUGCUGCAGCUUGAUAUCGAGAAGACUCUGCGACAGUUGAACCAACAGUUCAGCAUCUGCACUGAUCAGCCGCAGUUGCAGCACGCGAUAAGCAGGUCGAAGAUUCCUCUGCGCGCCUUCAUAUUCGGAACCAAGGUGAAGAAGCAGAGGUCACUCUUCAACUUCAUGCAUACUAAUAGAAAAAUGCAUAGUGUCAGAACUGUACCAACUGACUGAUCACUACUUGAGGAUCUUGUUUCCCUUUAGAUUACUACAUUUUCAAAAAAACAAAAGUUCUUAUUGUAUUUAAAAGAUGGUAAUUGGAUAGACUAUCAUAAGCUUUUCAUAAC